UUCCGCGCUUGCGCAUUAGGAUCCUUGUCUGGAGAGAAGAUAAUUUGAUGUUAGGGCGUUAAAUACAUUUUCUCCAUGGAGGUAAAUAUUGACUUUAAAAAAUCCCUGAUGCCGCUGUUUGGAAAUACAUUCAGCCCGAAGAAGACUCCGCCUCGCAAAUCUGCAUCUCUGUCCAGCCUUCAUACGUUGGAUCGCUCAACAAGAGAAAUAGAGCUUGGUCUGGAGUCGGGACCUCCUGCGAUGAACUUAGGAGGCCAGAGCUGGAAAUUUGAGGACGGACAGUGGAUAACCGAAUCUGGUGGAAAUGCUUCUACUAAGGAGGUGCAGCGGCUUAAGAAACGAAAUCUGCAGCUGGAGGAAGAAAAUAACCUUCUAAAAUCAAAGAUUGAAGUUCUGAUGGACAUGCUGACAGAAACUACAGUGGAGUACCACCUGAUGGAGAAAGAAAUCGAAGACAUGAAAACUCAACACCGAAGAAAAAAAUGACAAUCCGGUCUAGUUAGAUCUUUGGUUUUUUAAUUGUUUUUUUUUAGAGUUUUUUAAAGAUAAAAGGCAGUAAAAUAAAACCACGAGUCAGUUUUCCUCACAAUAAGACAUUCAGCUUUUAACAGGAUGUAAGUCGAUUCAGCUGCUUCCUGUUUUUGUCCCAUUUUUAAAAUAUAAAUGAAAUAUAUUUAUUUUCAUCUGUGAUUAUUUCCACAUACAGCCUAUUUUUAUAAACUGCAUUAAAAAAUAACUAACUUUCUCUUAUAA